UGCGCUUACAGACGGAGCAGAGUAGUUGGAGAAGAAAAGGACAGUUAAACAGUAGUAGUAAGUAAGUUGUUCAAAAGAUCGAGAUCUUUACAAACAACCCACUUCGACAAAAGCUGACUUCGAUUUCGAUUUCACUUCAAAUUUCGUUUUUCACUUCAAAUUUCGCUCUGUAAACGUUCUUCAGAGUCUCUCUACUUAUUUGCCCCCCAAUCUUUGCUCUUCAAUGUGGCGAGUUCUGGAAUUGUCCCAGCCCCAAAGCAAUCUCCGUUUCAAACAUUCUCGCAGUUCACUUUCAAUUCUGAUUAGAGAAAGAAGAUAAUCACGGAACAUGAAAAGUACCUGGUUCGGCUAUGUGCAUGCCGGUGUGAGUUUGCUAAAACUCAAGAAAGUUAUUGAGUUUUGAGGAAGAAAGUCAUUGGGAAUGAAGAAGUGGUCCGGUGGCUUGUUGAUUUUAGCACUUGCUAGCAUUUUGUUUCUGCGUUACUGCUUUAUGGGUAAAAAACAGCCGCAGAAGCAGUCAUCAUACGAUUUCUUCAAUAACCAUCCGCCUGAUGAUUAUGAUAUUAUUCGGGACAAUGAUGAAGCUGAUUCAUCUCAAACGACAACGAAAAUUUUACAAAUUAAUGUGAAGAAAAAGCCCCACCUUAUUGAUAUUAAAGGGCUUCGUGAUCUUUACAGUCCGAAAAAUAUUUCUAGCGAAGAGUCUAAGGCAUUUCUUGUAUGGGCUCAAAUGCAUUCAUUACUCUCUAGGUCAGAUGCUCUGCCUGAAACGGCUCAAGGGAUCAAAGAGGCUUCCAUUGCAUGGAAAGAAUUACUGUCUGUGAUUGAGAAGGAAAAAGCCUCCAAGUUUUAUGAGACUAACAAUAAUGAACAUAAAGAUUGUCCUUACUCUAUUACUGCAUUCAAUUCAACAAUAUCGAGCAGUGGAAGUGUUCUUCAGAUUCCUUGUGGUCUAGUUGAGGAUUCGUCAAUUACGGUGAUCGGCAUACCUGAUGGGCACCGUGGUACAUUCCAAAUCAAACUUGUAGGCUCACAGUUUACAGAGGAAGCAACGCCCCCAGUAAUUUUGCAUUACAAUGUCAGCCUGCCGGGGGAUAACCUAACGGAAGAGCCAGUCAUAGUUCAAAAUACAUGGACUAGUGAACUAGGUUGGGGCAAAGAAGAACGAUGUCCUGAUCAUGGGUCCUUUAAUGCCCUGAAAGGAAUUACACUUGAUGGACACAUGAAAUGCAAUGAACAAGUUGUCAGAAGCACUGUGGAACAGAAUUUAAAUGCAAGCCAUCCCGAUGGUGACAAGUUGACCAAUGUUUCCAAUGGAAGUGCUCAUGUGAGUGCUAAUUUCCCAUUUGUUGAAGGUAAUCCAUUUACUGCAACAUUGUGGGUUGGAUUAGAGGGAUUUCACAUGACUGUGAAUGGAAGGCAUGAAACAUCCUUUGCAUAUAGGAAGAAACUUGAACCGUGGUUGGUUAGUGGAGUCAAAGUGGCAGGUGGUUUGGAUCUCAUAUCCGCAAUAGCUAAAGGGUUACCGGUUUCUGAAGAUUUGGAUUUGAUUGUUGAUGUUGAGCACCUCAAAGCUCCGCCAAUUUCCAAGAAAAGACUUGAAAUGCUAAUUGGGGUUUUCUCCACCGGAAAUAAUUUUGAGCGUCGUAUGGCAUUGAGGAGGUCUUGGAUGCAAUAUGAAGCUAUACGCUCCGGCAAUGUGGCUGUUCGAUUUUUCAUUGGUCUGCACAAGAACAAGCAGGUCAAUUUCCAGCUGUGGAAAGAAGCUCAAGCAUAUGAAGAUAUCCAACUGAUGCCAUUUGUUGAUUACUACAGUCUGCUCACUUUAAAGACAGUCGCAAUUUGCAUUCUAGGGACCCAAAUUCUCCCUGCCAAAUAUAUAAUGAAAACAGAUGAUGAUGCUUUUGUUAGGGUAGAUGAAGUUCUUUCUAGUCUGAAAGGGAAAAAGGUUUCUAAUGGCCUCUUGUAUGGUCUUAUAUCCUUUGAAUCAUCACCCCAUAGGGACAAAGACAACAAAUGGUAUAUCAGUGCUGAGGAAUGGCCACAUGAAUCAUACCCGCCAUGGGCCCAUGGUCCAGGUUAUAUAAUUUCCAAAGAUAUUGCAAAAUUCAUUGUCCAAGGCCACCAACAAAGAGUCCUCCAGCUUUUUAAACUAGAAGACGUUGCUGUUGGCAUAUGGAUUGAGCAAUUCAAGGAACAGGGUCACAAAGUGCAGUGUAUCAGUGAUGAGAGAUUCUACAAUGCUGGAUGCGAGACAAAUUACAUUCUCGCCCAUUAUCAGAACCCAAGGAAGGUGUUAUGCCUGUGGGAGAAGUUACAGAAAGAGCAUGAGCCUCAAUGCUGUGAAUGAGUAUUCUCCCUACUGAAAACCCAAGUCAACAGCUCUAGGAACCAGGUCGUGUGUCAAAGUUUCUGCAAGAUGUUGGGCAGAUUUGUGCUCAAUAUGUUGAUAUCCCUUUGGCCUUUCUGUGUUGUACGGUAUGUGUGCUCUUUCAUGUAUCCUUUUACAAGCUUUUUCAUUUUGGAUUCAUUGAUCUGAUCUCACAGCAUUUGUUGAUUUGUUACAAUUGGUAAGUAAAAUUCAUGUAAUGAAAACAUUAAAUGAUAUUUGAGAGUGGGCCAUUUUUCUUUUACUA